UUCCUCCUCCUUCCCAGCUGAAGUAUCUGUAGGUGAGUAUUUGGGUCAGAGCCGUGCAUCAGCCUGGACACACAACAGGGACAGAGACCAAGGACCAUCAUUAAAACUGAGAGAAGCUUGAACUAACAGGUCAAAGAUGGAGCUGAAGGUGUGGGUGGAGGGCGCGGUCAGAGUGGUCUGCGGCCUAUCACUGAAAACUUCCUGCCAGGAUGUCGUCAUAGCUCUUGCACAAGCGAUUCGUCAGACCGGUCGUUACAUUCUUAUCUUCAAGAUACGAGGCACUGAGAGACAGCUGGUUGCCGACGACUGUCCUCUUCAGCUUCUGGCUCAGCUGGGACAGCUGGCUUCAGAGGUCCAGUUCAUUCUGCGGAGGACAGGUCCCAGCCUCAGUGAUGCUCGAGACACACCCGAAACAAAAAGACGUUUUCCCCUUCCCCAACCAUCAGAACCCGAGCCCCUCAAACGCAACGAGCCACACAAGGCUCUCACCUUCAGUCUGGGCCCCUCAACACAUCCCAAGAGGACCAAACCCAGCCGGGCCUGGUCUCCGUCACCCCGAGACUCCCCAGAACCCAGAGCUUCCCCUGUCUCUUUCCUAGACCCUGUCAACCCUGUGGAGGCAAUUCCCCCUUCCUCCUCCAAAGAGGAGAUGUUUAGGCAGAUUCUGCAGCAGCAGUAUAGGCUGCAAGACCUGGAGAUUCAGCUUCACGCUCUGGAGAGAGAGACAGAGGUGUUGGAGCGAGCACGGUCGUCUGCCACAGUUCCUGGUCUGACUCCGGUCCCUGAAGGCGAACUGGAGAAACUGGAGCAGCGUCUGAGGCAGAAUGAGGCAGAUUUGAUGCACAGCGAGCAUUGGGAGGAGCAGUUACAGGAAGAGCUGGACCGAGAACAAGAAAUGCAUAGACGUCUACACCAGAUACACUCAUCAAUGGAUGAUGACAGUCAUCGGAUCAAGGAGCUCCAAGCGCGUUCUGAACAUCUACAACAGCACAUAGAGCACAGAGCCCACAGACAAAGGUCUCGGGCCAGCGCUCGGCAGCCAGAAGAGACCCUGAGGCCUCUGGAGCAGGAGCUCCACUUCCGCCUGCAGCAGGGAGAGGAACUGGCUGCAACGCUGUCAGAGACAAAGAGGGUCCGACAAACUACGGAGGAAAAGCUGCAGGACCGAUGGAAGACGGUGGAGGAUCUGAACAUGGAGCUGAGACAGUGUAAGCUGCAGCAGUUUAUCCAGCAGACCGGCAGUCCAAACGCAGACCAGACUAACUUUCUGCCUGUCCCUGAAGUUUACCUCAGCAGCGCUGGUAUAAUGGAGUAGGAGCAGCCAAGUCACUGACCUCAUGAACUGGAAGUUCUCUGAAACCUCUAAAGCCCGUCCAGUGUGUGUGUGUGUGUGUGUGUGUGUGUGUGUGUGUGUGUGUGUGUGUGUGUGUGUGUGUGUGUGUGUGUGUGUGUGUGUGUGUGUGUGUGUGUG